UCAGUCAAAAUUUUGACUAAUGAUUAAAAAUCUGACUUCUAAUAAGCUGAUAAAUUUGUUAAUUUGACAGAUUUCGAUCAAUUUCAAUCAACUUGAACAUUGACUGAACGAUAAACAAACAUGAAUGCUUAGAGGACGCAUAGAUCAAAAACUAUACAAUCUUUGAAUUCAAUUUAACCGCGCUUUCUAUCCUAAAGACAGGUUUAAUUUUUUGUGUUGUGUUUCACAUCUGUUUGGUUUAUUUUGCUUUCUUCAUAUUAAAGUUUAAUUAAUUUCUGCAAUCAUGUCUUUUGGUAUUCAAGCCAUCGUCUUAGCUGCUGGACGAGGAUCAAGGAUACCUGAGUUGGUAUCAUCACAACCUAAAUGUCUUUUACCUAUUGGUAAUCGCCCAAUGAUCUAUUACCCAUUACAUGCUUUAGAGUCGUGCAAGUUUUCUGUGGUGACAAUUGUAAUCAAUGAGGGCCAAAAAGAAGCUGUUAGUGAAGCCAUUUACAAUCAUUUUGAUACACGAACAAUGACAAAUAGAAUCGGCUGGUUUCUUCUGCCUAACAAAGAUGAAGAUUAUGGAACUGCUGAUACAUUAAGAUUAAUGCAUGAACAAAAACAAAUUUCGAGUGAUUUCCUUGUCAUCAGCUGUGAUACCUUGACUAAUUAUCCACUAUACCAGCUGGUUAGUUCAUAUCAUAUUCGUGAUGCUGCUAUCACUUGUCUUUUAUCUUCAUCUAAUAUUAUUUCUGAUGGAUCGACACCGGGAAAAAAAGGAAAACCAGUAUUGGAGAAAGAUCUGAUUGGGAUUGAUUAUCAAAAUAACGAUAGGCUAGUUUUCUUCAAUUCAGAAUUGGUUUUUGACGAGGACAUUCCGUUCAGCAUUUCAAUGUUGAAGAGAUGUCCGCAGUUCAUUAUACACAACAACUUUCUUGACACUCAUAUUUACAUAAUCAAGAAAUGGGUUUUAGAUUAUUUGGCAGAAAAAAGACAAUUUAAAUCAAUUAAGGCCAAUUUAAUACCGAGACUUGUUCGAGAACAAUUCAAAAGCAACGUUAUUCAAAAUAAAACAACGUAUGAUUCGGAAGUUGAAAAUAAAUAUAAAGUUGAUUUAUUGGAUUACGUCGAAGAAGAUGAGAUUUAUAAAGCCAUUGAAAAUUUAGACAACUUCAAUCUCUCUCAUGUUACCGUAAACCCAGAUACUAAAGAGAAGAAGAAAGUUUAUCCUGAUAGCGCUGUCAAGUGUUAUGCCGUAAUUCAAAGAGACGGAAUAAGUCUCAGAGCCAAUACUGUUACCGGCUACUUUGAAGCUAACAAGCGUCUUCGAGCAAUUUUCCCGAAUUUGCCUGUAAAGGAUAAAACUUCUGUUCCUUCCACACCAACUACCCCGAAUGUAGGACCUCCAGUUAAAGUGCAAAUUGGAGCAGAUUGUCUUGUUUCACCUUCGAGUAGAAUCGGGGAUAAGACUUCGAUUAAAAGAUCAUGUAUUGGUGACCAUUGUUUAAUCGGUGAAAAGGCUAAAAUUGCUAAUUGUGUAAUAAUGAAUCAUGUUACUGUUGAAGCCGGUUGUAAUAUUCAAGGAAGCAUAAUUUGUAACAAUGCUGUUAUCUGUUCAUCUGCGGAAAUCAAAGAUUGCAUUGUUGCUGCUAAUCACAAGAUAGCCACCUACGGUCAAUUUUCCAAUGAAGUUAUACCGCCAACUUUUGUUGAUGCCUCGGAUGAUUUGUAGCCCAGUGAAACGAUCAAUUAAUUUAAAAUUUAAUUUGCCCUUACUUCAUUCAGAUGUGUGCAUAAGAUUUGAAAAUCUAUAAUUUUUUAAAAAUAAACCGUUUGGCAGAAUAUAAUUCAAUGUUACUCUCAAUUUUUACAUCAACAGGAUGGUCAUGUGAAAACAAGCUACAAGCUGUAAAUUAAACCAUUUUCAUUUACU